AUGGCGUAUUGCAUGAAUUACAUUGCUUUGCUGACACUAGUGUAUCUAGUGAUUACGGCACAACUUGGCAGAAGUACGACAGAUUGUGAAGACGAGGAACCGUGUAGCAAUUCUCCCUGUCAAAAUAAUGGCGUUUGUACAGAGCAUGGGGACAUCUAUCGUUGUGACUGUGAAAUAGGUUACGGAGGACACGACUGUGAAACAGAUUAUCUAACACAGGCGCUUGUGUUCAAUGGGAAAUCAUCUAUCAAGUACCCACUGCCACUGCCAGAGUUGAACAACGAAUUCACGUUGUGUCUAUGGCUGAAAAGCAACAGCGCGUCCACUGACACACCCGGUGAAGUGAUUUUUAGUUACAGCCGCACGGACGGCGCCCCAUCAAACACGGAAUCUGCAGGUCUGAUUUUACACGUCCAUAAUGUGUAUUAUAUUAAAUUCCUUGGCCUUCCUGCUGGAUAUCCAAAUUUAGACUACAUUCCUACCGAUGGGAAAUGGCAUCACGUGUGCUUGACGUGGAACUCGGAACUGAACGGACGUUUCAUCUUGUAUGUGGACGGCGACGAACAUAUUUUAGGUAACAGUGGGAAACUGCGUGUCCUCGGCGGGGGUGAAGUAUAUCUUGGAUACCUGCCUGAGGGCGCGCUACACCAAGCUUUUCCGGCGUCAUCAAUGUUUGUUGGCGAGCUGACGAUGGUGAAUAUGUGGGAUAAAACACUAACCAAAAGUGAAAUCGAAAACAUGAAGUGUAAUAGGGAGGAAGGCAACCUUGUAGCAUGGUCUUCGUUCUUUGGCAAUGGCGUUGAAUCGAGUAAUAUACAAAAGAAAAUGACAAACGUGUGUGAUGCAGACUGAUGGCAUUAUGGGCAGCGACCAAACG